AUGCCCGCCAGCUUCUUCAGCUCUCUACGCGACCGCGUGGCCGCCGUGGACUCGCUCCUGUGUGUGGGUCUGGAUCCUCACGUAGCAGAGCUACCGGAGGCCACGGCCGCUGCAGCGCAGGCCUUCUGCCUCAACAUCAUCGAGCAGACGCACCACGUUGCGGCCGCCUACAAACCCAACUCGGCUUUCUUCGAGGCUUUCGGUGCUGAGGGCAUCACAGCGCUCCACUCCGUCAUCAAGGCCAUCCCAUCCGGUAUCCCCGUCCUUCUAGACGCCAAACGCGGUGACAUUAGCACCACCGCCGCCGCGUACGCCGUCUCCGCCUUUGACAAGCUCGAAGCGCACGCCAUCACGUUGGCUCCGUACAUGGGCGCAGACUCUAUCGAUCCAUUCACGUCGAACCCUAGCGCCAACGACUUCCAGACGCUGUCCGUGGGCUCCCGUGCGCUGUUCGAGGAGGUGGCUGCCAAGUGCGAGCAAUGGAACUCGGAGGACAACGUCGGCCUCGUAGUGGGAGCCACAGAUGUCGAGGCACUGCGUCGUGUACGCGCUGUGACGCCCAAUCUGUGGAUCCUGGCGCCAGGUAUUGGCGCUCAAGGUGGCAACUUGGAGGAGGCGGUGACGGCCGGUCUGUCAUCCGAUGGCCUGGGUCUACUGGUACCGGUAUCGCGCGGUAUCUCCAAGGCUGCCAACCCUAAGGAAGCGGCCGAGUCUCUGCGUGACGCCAUCAACGCUGUCCGCAAGACCAAAGUGGCUACAUCCACCACUGUAGCCAACUCGAGUGCAAACGAGUUCAUUAAGUUCGCACUGUCCUUCGGCGUGCUUAAGUUCGGUGACUUUACGCUCAAGUCCGGACGUCAAAGUCCCUACUUCUUCAACGCCGGUCUGUUCCGUACCGGCCGCGCGCUCGGCCAACUCGGCAAGUUCUACGCACAGGCGAUCCACGAUAGCGGGGUGAAAUUCGACGUGCUGUUUGGUCCGGCGUACAAGGGCAUCACAUUGGCGGCGGCUGUGGCCAUCGCGUACGCUGAUAUGUAUGGGGUGGACCUCCCUUUCGCGUACAACCGUAAGGAGGCUAAGGACCAUGGCGAAGGCGGCGUACUCGUUGGUGCCGAUAUGACUGGAAAGAAGGUGCUGAUUAUUGACGACGUGAUCACUGCCGGUACUGCUAUUCGUGAGGCGUUCGGGAUCUUGGAGAAGACGAACGCGCAAGUCUCGGGCGUGUGCAUUUCGUUGGACCGUCAGGAGAAGGUUUCGAUCGAAGACACUCGCUCUGCUAUUGACCAAGUGCGGGAGAGCUUCGGCAUCCCCGUGGUCAGUAUCGCUACGCUCGAUAACCUCGUGGGUUACCUUGAGACUGUGGACACGGCAACCGACGCCAACGCCUCGUACUUGCCGGUCAUUCGUGCCUACCGUGCUGACUACGGUGUGUCCAAGCAGUAGAUUGCUACAGUUUUAAACUCCCAAGCAUAAUAAAAAACACAAGUGACGUGACCGUCAUGAACA